GCGUUACACUGCACUUUAAUGCCUUCGAAUCCAUACCAUACACAUUUCAACGUAUGCUUCUGGGGCAUAAAUAUGGAACUCACGAACUGCUCUAACGCUACAUGUACUCCUCUCUAUGACGAAUACUAUGGUGAGACAAAUAUUACUUUUGAGAAAAAUAGUACUGAAGAAUCAAAUACAGAGAAGCCAGGGAACAGUUGGGAUGACGCUACGUGGAUACUAACAAGCUCGUUUAUUAUUUUCACUAUGCAGUCAGGUUUUGGGCUACUAGAAUCCGGAACAGUCACUCGUAAAAACGAAGUAAAUAUCAUGGUCAAAAACGCAAUGGAUGUAGUGUUUGGUGGUCUGUCCUAUUGGUUAUUUGGUUAUGCGUUCAUAUUUGGAGACGGCUCGUUAUCCAACCCAUUUUGUGGGUUUGGACAUUUCGCAACUGAUGCUUCAGAUGAUGAUGAGAUGGGCUGGACCUACGCUCGUUUUGUGUUCCAAGCUUCGUUUGCUACAACGGCAACCACGAUCGUAUCUGGUAGGAGGCUUAUAAAAUCCUGCGUAGUACAUCUGGUCGGAGGCAUCACUGGCCUUGUAGCAACCAUAAUGAUGAAGCCGAGAAGAAAACGUUUUAGCGGCCGCAGAGGUCCGCCCGAGAUGAACAACCCAACAAAUGCUCUGCUAGGUAUGUUUAUGCUAUGGUGGGGCUGGCUUGGAUUCAACUGCGGCAGCACUUUUGGAAUUAGCAACGGGAAGUGGAUGUUAGCCGCAAGAGCGGCGGUAACAACGAUUACAGCGUCCGUUGGUGGCGGUCUCAUAGGUAUGAUUUUGAGCUACGUAACCCUUAAGAGGAAGUUCGAUAUCAGUUAUCUUAUCAAUAGUGUGUUGGGUGGUCUCGUUGGUAGCACAGCAUUAUGUGCAAUUGCUAGGCCAUGGGAGUGCUUUAUCAUCGGCAUGGUAGGCGGACUGUUAGCUGUGUGUACGACUAACAUAACAGAAAAACUGGAAAUCGAUGAUCCUGUUGGCGUGGUGGGUGUACACGGGACCGCAUCAGUGUGGAGCCUAUUGUCUGUGGGGAUCUUCGGCCAACCAGACUUGAUACAAGGAUUUAACCUUAGAAACGGUAAAAUGAUGAACUACCAGCCGUUAAAGCCAGCAUUAUGCAAAUUUAAAAAAAAA